AGAGCCAUUUCCGGCAGGCCGAAACUAGGAAGAAACUUGAGAGCCGCGGAGGCGCGGGUNGUAGUUGGCGCUCCGGUCCGUGCCCCGUGGCCCGCGCCGCGCGGACCUGUGGAGGCCUGGCCAUGGGGCGGCGCCGUGCUCGUGCGGCCUAGGCGUGCGGGCUCCGCUGUCGGACCGGGCGCUCGCGGGCGGCAGGCGGCGUGGCAGCCGCGGUCGCCGCGGGCCUGGGCUCCGNCAUCAUGAACAUCGACGUUGAGUUCCACAUCCGGCACAAUUAUCCUUGGAGCAAGUUGCCAACCAACGUGAAGCAGAGUCUUGGAAACUCACAGCGAGAAUAUGAAAAGCAGGUUGUUUUGUACAGUAUUCGCAAUCAGUUGCGCUACAGAAAUAACCUAGUUAAGCAUGUCAAGAAAGAUGAACGNAAAUACUAUGAGGAACUGCUGAAGUACAGUCGCGAUCAUCUCAUGCUGUACCCUUACCACUUAUCCGACAUCAUGGUGAAGGGCCUGAGGAUAACCCCAUUCUCAUACUAUGCUGGGAUCAUGGAGGACAUCAUGAACAGUGAGAAAAGUUAUGAUUCAUUGCCUAAUUUUACUGCUGCUGACUGUCUGCGACUUCUUGGCAUAGGAAGAAACCAGUACAUUGACCUGAUGAAUCAGUGUAGAUCUUCAAAAAAAUUCUUCAGAAGGAAAACUGCCCGUGACCUUCUACCAAUGAAGCCAGUGGAGAUUGCCAUCGAGGCGUGGUGGGUGGUGCAGGCUGGAUAUAUCACAGAAGAUGACAUCAAGAUAUGUACUUUUCCUGAGAAAGGCGCAAUUGAUAAGAUCAUCGACUCGGGUCCUCAGCUCUCAGGGUCACUAGAUUACAAUGUCGUGCACAGUCUGUAUAACAAAGGCUUUAUUUAUCUGGAUGUGCCCAUAUCAGAUGACAGUUGUAUAGCUGUCCCGCCUCUGGAAGGUUUUGUAAUGAAUCGGGUACAAGGUGAUUAUUUUGAAACCCUACUCUAUAAGAUAUUUGUGUCAAUAGAUGAACACACUAAUGUUGCAGAGCUUGCAAAUGUCCUUGAGAUAGACUUAUCGCUGGUAAAGAAUGCUGUUUCAAUGUAUUGCCGAUUGGGCUUUGCCCAUAAGAAGGGACAAGUAAUAAAUUUGGAUCAACUUCAUUCGUCAUGGAAGAAUGUUCCAUCUGUGAACAGACUAAAGAGCACGUUAGACCCACAAAAGAUGCUCUUAUCAUGGGAUGGCGGGGAAAGUAGGAGUCCUGUGCAAGAAGCUUCUUCUGCUACUGACACAGACACAAAUAGUCAAGAAGAUCCAGCUGACACGGCGAGCGUGAGCAGUUUGAGUCUGUCCACUGGGUACACAAAGCGAAUUGCAUUCCUGUUUGACUCCACUCUUACUGCAUUCUUAAUGAUGGGAAACCUUUCACCGAACUUGAAAAGCCACGCAGUCACCAUGUUUGAAGUGGGCAAACUCUCAGAUGAGUCUCUGGACAGCUUCCUUAUAGAACUGGAGAAGGUUCAGAGCACUGGCGAAGGAGAAGCACAGAGAUACUUUGACCAUGCACUUACUCUGAGGAACACUAUCCUCUUCCUGCGUCACAAUAAGGAUCUGGUGGCUCAAACCUCUCAGCCAGACCAGCCCAACUAUGGUUUCCCCCUGGAUCUCUUACGCUGUGAGAGCCUUCUAGGUUUGGACCCAGCAACUUGCAGCAGAGUUCUAAACAAAAACUACACACUGCUUGUUUCCAUGGCGCCUCUUACCAAUGAGAUCCGGCCAGUCAGCAGCUGCACCCCGCAGCACAUUGGACCAGCUAUCCCAGAAGUCAGUUCUGUCUGGUUUAAAUUGUAUAUUUACCAUGUCACUGGGCAAGGACCACCAUCUCUCUUACUGUCCAAAGGUACAAGACUUCGGAAACUGCCAGAUAUAUUCCAGGGUUAUGAUCGGUUACUUAUAACCUCUUGGGGCCAUGAUCCUGGGGUCGUUCCUACUUCAAACGUGCUCACGAUGCUGAACGAUGCUUUAACACAUUCUGCAGUGCUAAUUCAGGGACAUGGUUUGCAUGGGGUAGGAGAGACUGUCCAUAUACCCUUUCCAUUUGAUGAAGCAGAGCUGCAAGGAGAGUUUACCCGUGCCAGUAUGGGCGUUCAUAAAGCACUGCGGAUUCUGCGGAGCAGAGUGGACUUGCAGCAUUUCUGCGGCUAUGUCACCAUGUUGAAUGCUUCUAGCCAGCUUGCCAGUAGAAAGCUCAGUGACGCGUCUGAUGAGAGAGGCGAGCCAGAUUUGGCUUCUAGUUCAGAUGUAAAUGGGAGUACAGAGUCGUUUGAAAUGGUCAUUGAGGAAGCAAGUACAGAUUUGGUGACAAAACAAAACUCUGGGGCCACAGCAGAAGCAGAUUGGGUUCCUCUUGAGCUGUGUUUUGGAAUUCCUUUGUUCAGUUCCGAAUUAAACCGGAAAGUUUGUCAGAAAAUAGCUACACAUGGCCUGUGCAGGAAAGAGAGCCUUCAAAGUCUCUUACAUUCCAGUAGAAAACUCUCCCUGCAAGUCCUUAACUUUGUUCAUUCAUUCCAGGAAGGUGCUGCUACUCUGGAUCUUCACGCAGAGCCUGGCUUCUCGAGUGUGCUUUCACAGUCGUCCUGCGCUGACAUGGGAGUUCNACUUCCGGCCAAAAACUUAAUGUUUAAAGAUGGUGUCUUAUCGGAGUGGAGCGGACGCUCACCUUCCUCCCUGCUCAUUGCUAGUCUCCAUUUGUAGUAAUUUGAUUACAACAUUCAUUGCUCACACUUUCUGCCUUUUUUCUUUCUUAUGCUGGCUUCACAAUGUCAGCCACUAAGCUUCCAGCUGCCUUGGUGCAGGUCAAGCGUCACUGGUAGGAACCAAGCGCUCGGAAUGUGCUCGUGUUUUCUGAAGCCCGAGGCCUGUUGUUACACAUCUUACCGCAGCAAAGUACUUCUCAGCAGCCAGCACUGUACUUGAGACAAUCUGCAUUUCUUUUCUAAAACUAAGGACAUACUUUAUAGGCUAUAGAUGACUGUUCUGUUUAUAAGCAGUCACUAUGGAUAUUGCAGUGGUAGUUUUAUAUGUAAGUUUUCAGACAUAAACCUGGUUAAUUUUAUAUUUUGUUACCUACACUGAGGGGAUCACGGGAGGAGAUGGACUCUUCUUCCUCCAAAAGGCUUCUUGGUUCUUGAAGUAGUCACGCUAGAAGUGGCAAGCAUCCAGCAGUGAGGGGUACGGACCAGGGCAUUAAGGAUUACUGUGGAUGUCAGUAAAUUAUGUAUGCCAAGUGAACGUGAUUGAGGGUAUGUCGAUCAGCAUAGUUAUGUAAACCUAACCUUGAUUNCUAAGGUCUUAACUGAUGAUCCUUUGACAUCUCAUGAGCGCUUUGGAGAACAUUCUAUUUUUAAAUGAUGUUUGUAUGUGGACUCCCGUUGUCACUCGCCUUGGGCUUUAUAUUUUCAUAGAGUCUUUAUGGAAAAAUAGAAUUUAUUUUCCACGUGUAGUUGAGGCUGUUGCACGUCUCAUCUUGUCUUGUAGCUUUACCUAGGAANUGUUACGGUAAUUGACCUUGAUUUCAACUAGGAUCGUGGUGGAAGUUGGGAUCGCACGGCAGCAGCCUCAGGGCCGUGUCUUUGGACUCAGCUCCAUGGUGAAACGAUUCCUCAGACACAGCAUCUAGACCUGAAACCGCACACAGCUCUGGGGAGUGGAGAAGCACUGAUUGGCUUCCCCGUGCUGUAGGCAUUGGGUCUUUUAGUGUCUCAAAUGUCAGAAUCUUUGGAACCACACUUAGGCUUUCCAGGUCCCCUUCCUUGGGCCUUUGUGUGCUUAGUUGAGCUCCCCUAACCCAACUGGGCAAGCGACAUACCUGAAACACUCAAGCAUUACACNGAUUGAGAACAUUUGAGCCUAACAGCUUUGCUGAUGGCUUUUGUUAUUUAUACAAGUGAUAUUUGUGUAAUUAACAGACUUCUGCAAGUAUAUGCCUUUCUUGAAACCGUUAAAGUAGCCAUGCAUUUAAUACCAUGGNCUAUCUGUAGAAUUUACUAUUUUGGACCAGGUUACCUGUAGCACAGUCAGUGCUGUGUUUGGGUAAAUGAAGUAAUGUUUAGUUUUCUACUUUGUCUUGUAUAAGGUAGAACUGUAUGUAUGUCAUAUUUGUCUGUAAAAGGAAAAGUACAUAGUAAUAUUAAAAUAAUUUCUAUGACUGUGAAUUACUCAUUUAUUUUUCCAAUUACUGAUACUGUACAUUCCUAGUGCUAUUAGUUAUNUGUGUAUGUAACUUUUACAGUUUCAACUGAAAGUUGUCCGUAUUUCUUUUGAUCAGGGCUCUUUAAUCUCAUUUGCUUUGAUUGAGUUAACUGUAUUAGUAGUCGAAUGCCAACUCUAAUGACAUGUACACUAAUAAAGAAUUGAACAGUUGUAGUUACAACAGUCCAGUUAUUGCUGAGUUUAUAGCUUAAAAUAUGGGAGUGAUUUGCUGCUAUAAUUCCUUUGCAAAACACUGAAGAAGAAAGAGAUGAGGCCUAACCGUGACCAUGAACUUUCAGGACAGUACUUAUUUAAAAACAGCACUUUCCAUCUGGAGUUUUGUUUAGUAGGACGAUUGAGACCAUCAGAAUCCCAGCCAAGUCCCUGUCCUCUGAGGGGCCCUUUGCAUUUUAGAGAGGAUGAUGUGUGUGUGUGCUUUGCUCUAUGACUGUCUGGUUCCUUCCACUCACGUUAGCUCUCACAGAGAGGCCGCUAGUAAGUUGAUUAAAAAAAUAAUAAUAAUUAUAGACUUUGUUCUUUGCCAAAGAAGAUUGAUAAAAGUUAUGCUGAGUUAUUUUGCAAGUGUUUAAUUUCAUCUGGCUUUGCACCGCUCCCUCCUCUCUCACCACUUACUAUAGCUUGAUCCAUGACAUUUAGAAACCAAAAAAAAAAAGAGCUACUAACUAUCAAAAAGGGCAUACAGUUUAGUAAAGGUCUAGUUUCACCUCACAAAUGUAUCUAAAGAAAUGCAACUUUAUAUCACUUAAGAAGUUAGGGUCAUCCAAUUCCUUACAGCAGCCCUUCUCAACCUGUAGGUUGCAACCCCUUUGGGGGCUCAGAUCAUCCUUUCACAGGGUCAUAUAUCAGAUAUCCUGCAUAUCAGAUAUUUGUUAUGAUCCAUAACAGCAAAACAACAGUUACAAAGUAGUAAAAAAAAUUGUGGUUGGGGAUCACUGUAACAUGAGGCACUGUAUGGAAGGGUCACAGCAUUAGGAAAGCUGAGAACCACUGCCUUAGAGCCUUUCUUGUUGAACAUGUGUAGCCAGAUGCUUUUGGAUUUGUCUGAGGGAUGUGAUUUCCCUUUCUGGGUUGUUUGCUUUCUCUGCCAUUCUCNUUUUUUAUGUUCAGUGUUUCAAAUACACUUUGUAUUAAAGGAUUUUAAAGUACCAAAACUGUUAACUCAGUACAAUGGAUUGUGUUCUGUUAUGAUGUUAAUAUUAUCCAAGGAAAUUGUAUAAAGUGUUGUCAAUUUGAUUAUUGACACAAAUAACAUGUUUACAAAUAAACUGUGGUGUUGAUCAAG